AUGGGCCCGGGUGCACCGCCGCCGUUAGAUGCGUUUUAUAUCCAGCAGGCGUCUGGGUCUUUUGGCGUUCCUCUUGACGUGCCCGACGUCAACUCAUAUGAUCAUACAGGCGCUGCUGGUGGUGCAUUAUCGUCCAGUGGUCUCCCAGUGCGUGGACCGCCGCCCAGUAUGUCUGGAUGGGGCGCGCCUUCGCGACCGGGGCCGCCGCCCAGCGCUCAUGAUGUGCAACCGCACGAGGAGGCAGAUGUCCUACACCCUGCUAAUCAUGGUUAUCCUGGUUCAUUAUCGAGUGGUAUUCCACCUAUGCCGGGCAGUGCACGCACAUUCCCAGCCAGCAUGUACAGACCGACAGAUCCAACGUCGCAUCGUCACAUGAUGAUGGAGUCAGAUGCUGCUCGCGUGCCGCGUCCCAUGCAGAAACGGCAACGGAUGAGCCCGGUGCCGUUCAAUGAUGGUCUUGAUAUCCAGAGUCGCUUCCGUCGCGCAGGAGCCGGUCCUGUGCCUGGACCAAGCCCAGGCGUCAGCGCAGGGCCUCCGCCGGGUCCGGGACGCCCACGUCUUCCUUCGCGUGGCAUACCUACGCGGCGAGACUUGGAUGGCGUUCCGCACACAGAUGGGUUUCCAGAUCUUUUGUCGGAUCCGCAGGAAAACCCAGGUGCCCCCAGCAAUGAUUUGACCUCGUGGAUACUCGGUCCAGACGAUGCGCCGCAACGGCCACAGACAUUCUCGAUUGAUCCAUCAGCCUAUUACCAGCAGGGAUUGACGCAGCCAAGCACGGGACUACGGAUUGAUAUGCCUGGCCUUGCAACGCCUCAGCAAGCCCUGGAUGCGCCCAAAGGCCUUGCUCCGAUCAGGUCACAAGGGCCUAGUACUGACGAAGAACCGCUGUAUGUGAACGCAAAGCAAUACCAGCGAAUCCUGAAACGACGCAUGGCUCGUGCUCGCAUGGAGGAGAAACGCCGCCACAUGUUCAUGCUUGCAAUCAAGCAACGAGAAGAAGAGAAGAACGGCGGCACCGCCGAAAUCAGCGAGGAGUGGGUGUCUGGCCUCCUCGCACUGGAUGAGGAGGCUAAGAAACCAUACCUUCAUGAAUCGCGACACAAACAUGCGAUGCGACGUCCACGAGGUCCCGGUGGCCGCUUCCUUACAACCGAGGAAAUCCGCAAACGUGACGAAGAACUCGCAGCUCAAAAGGCCCAAGCCGAGACGCCGUCAGCUACGAAUGGCGAUACGACAGACUCGCCCUCCCAAGCUCUGGAAACGGAGUCGGCUAGUGCGUCUACGACGAUGACUACCAAUGACAACGACCCUACCAAUUCCACGCAGCAAGAUCAUGUUUCCGAGGCUGCGCACGCAGUGGCAUCCUAA